GGGUAAACCGCUUUAAUAGCGCUGAUGUUACCGGGAAAGCAGAGGAGUGCUAGGAGGAACCCAGGACCCUGGAAGGAUCCAGUCCUCACCACUAAAAGAACAGCACAGGAAAUAUGUGUAAAGCUAAGAGCUGAAAGAAGUGGGCUUUGUGUCAGCAGCAGUUAAAACUGAUUGAUGUGCAUUGGAACCAUGGGAUGCAGCAGUUCUGUAGCUGACAGAAGGUCAGAGAACGUCAUCAGAGCUGCCAUCCUCAUCCAGAACUGGUACCGCUUUACCAUGGCCCGGCUGGAGACGAGGCGCCGCUACUCACUGAGUAUCUUUCAGUCAAUUGAAUAUGCUGAAGAGCAAGAUCAGCUACAGCUAUCCAACUUUUUUACCUUCAUGCUGGAUCACUGCACUCAUCCUGAUUCAGUCUCCCACAUUUUCACCAUGCCCAGUGUUUCCCAGGUGGUGGAUGAAGACUUGUGUUUAAGAGAAUUUGAAAAGCAGAUUGAUGUUCCAGAUUCCUAUUAUGGACCACGACUCUCAUUCCCCCUCACUGUUGAAGAUGCCAAUGCUCUUCUUCAUGCUUUCAGGAAUGAACAACUGCUUCAUGCCCGCUAUGUACUGCAGCUGCUAUGUGAAACUAGGAGGGUUCUCAAGGAGAUGCCAAAUAUCACCCAUCUUUCAACUUCCUACUCCAAGGAGAUAACUGUCUGUGGAGAUUUGCAUGGAAACCUGGAUGAUCUUUUGCUGAUAUUCUACAAGAAUGGUUUGCCUUCAGAACAGAACCCAUAUGUCUUCAAUGGUGAUUUUGUGGACAGAGGGAAGAAUUCUAUGGAGAUUCUUAUAAUCCUCUUUGCCUUUCUUCUCAUCUACCCCAACGAUUUGCACCUGAACAGAGGAAACCAUGAGGACUACAUCAUAAACCUGAGGUACGGCUUCACAAAAGAAGUUGUGAAGAAAUACAAGGACCAUGGCAAACAGAUCCUGGGGCUUCUACGAGACAUCUUUAGCUGGCUCCCCCUCGCCACUAUCAUUGAUAGCAAAGUUCUCAUCCUCCAUGGAGGAAUUUCAGACACCACAGAUCUGGAGUUCCUGAAUGCACUUGAGAGAAAUAAGCUGAAGUCUUUGAUGCGGCCACCAAAGUCAGCACCAGACAGACAGGACCAAGGGACGGAGGGAAUUCCCACAACCAGAGCCAGUAAGCAUACUGCCAACCAGAAAACACAGCACAGCUCUUCAGCAGGCUCUGCUGAGCCUUCAGCCUCAAGUUUGCCUCCAGACCCUGCCCUCAAGGAAUGGAAACAGACCCUUGACAUUCUGUGGAGUGAUCCAAGAAGCCAGAAUGGCUGCACACCAAACAAGUGUCGAGGAGGAGGUUGUUACUUUGGUCCUGAUGUCACUGCCAAGCUCUUUGAAAGGUAUAAUCUGAAGAUGCUCAUCAGGUCUCACGAAUUCAAGCCUGAAGGUUAUGAGAUCAGUCAUGAUGGGAAGGUCAUCACUAUCUUUUCUGCCUCUAACUAUUACGAAGAGGGGAGCAACCGCGGGGCUUACAUCAAGCUGACUCCCGAGCUGACGCCUCGCUUCGUGCAGUACCAAGUCAGCAAGCAGACGCGCAGGCAGAACCUGCGCCAGAGGGUAGGUACAAUUGAAUCCUCUGCUUUGAAGUCCUUACGAGAGAAGAUUUAUGCCCACAGGUCUGAACUCACCCAUGCCUUUGCACAGUAUGACCACAACGGCACAGGCACCAUUCCUGUCAAUGACUGGGCUGCAGCCAUGGAGUCUGUCCUGCAGCUGGACCUGCCCUGGAGGAUGCUGCGCUCUCAGCUGGCACAGAUCAGCCCAGAUGGAGAAGUUGACUUCAUGUCCUGUUUUUAUGAUUUGAAAAUAAGUCAACCUAUCAAAGAGGCUCAGCCAGCAUUGGUGGAAACACUGUGCAGGUACAGAAAGGAUCUGGAGAUCAUCUUUAACAUCAUUGACAAGGAUCACUCAGGUCUGAUUUCUCUUGAGGAAUUUGGCCAGAUGUGGAAACUCUUCACUUCUCACCUGGGGAUUGAUGUAUGUGAUGAGUCCAUUGACAAGUUAGUCCUCAGCAUAGACUACAACAAAGAUGGCCACAUUGACUUCAAUGAAUUUCUAGAGGCCUUUCACGUGGUUCAUAGACUAGAGAAAAAGGCAAACUCAUGAGAGGGCAGAACUUCCUGGGGGCUGCCUUGGAAGCUCCUCACCUUGCUGGCCUUGGUCAGAGGCAGCCCAGGCUCCAGCCCGACAACCACUAACCAGGCUCCUGGAGAGGGUGAGCAUUGUGGUCACUCUGCAAGCCUUGCUCUGGAUGAGACAGAAGAGAUAAACCCCACUGCUUACUGUAAUCUUAUUACUCUCACUGCCACAUCAGCACCUUGCAAUUUAUCUUCCCCCUUGGUGGCUUCUCUAUCAAUCCAAACUAGGAACACUGCCAAGGUCACGCCUACAGCCCCAUGGGAAGAGCAUUUUGGUGUGUUUCUUCCAGCAGUCCUGAGCGACAGCUGAGGAACAGAGGAACAGCAUUGAUGAGCCCCAAGGAACAUAUCAGACCCUCCCUGGCCAUACAGUGGGCAAAGCAGAAGCUAGCUGCAGGCUGUCCAGUCAGAGAGGCUUACAACCCUUGCAUGAUGCAGUGGAAUUAAAGCAUUCCAGGUCCUGUCCUCCUUGAAGUUUACAGAAACAGCUUAAAGGACCUGAGCUGGAAGCACUACAUUUCCUCUUGCCACUGGUUACUGCUCCCUGCCUUUGCUGGGCUGUGGAGCUCAGAAACACUCCUAACUCCUCACCUAAAUCCCUGGCAUGCUGAUGGUGUAAUAUGGGAGAGAUGGCAAAAUAAAGCUUCAGCUUUCACCACCACCUGGAGCUGUGGUGUCUGUCUGUCCUUCAGUACCAACACCACCCUUUUCCUGAAAAUAAACUGCCUUUCUUUAAAGCAGAGAGAGGAGGCAGAAGAGCAAACAAACCCGGAGAUUACUGAUAGUAUU